UUACACUAAUUAUGUAAUAACUUCGACUCACCAUAUUAAAAAUGAUAUAUUAUGAUUAAAUCUUCUUCUUUGUUUAUUUUCUUCUUCUUCUUUUUUCUAUUUUAAUAUUUUAUUUUUUGGAGAACCAUAUGAUCAAUUCUUGCACAUGAACUUUUAGAUGGUGACAUUGCAAAGACAUUUCAAUUACUUAUCCACUAUAAAUUGCACGUCUUAAGCAUCAUUUGAUAUAUAUUUCCAAGAGCUUUCAUAUUUCUUUCUAAUUGUCUUAAUUUCCAAAAACAAAAGAUGUGUAAGAGUUUGUCUAAAAGUAGUACACUUACAACAUUUUCAUGCCUCAUCAUAGCAACCGUAGCCUUUGUCCAAAUAUGCCAUGCACAAAAUUCUCCCCAAGACUACCUUGAUGCCCAUAACGCCGCUAGGGCGGAAGUGGGCGUUGUAAACAUAGAGUGGGACAGCACAUUGGCAUCCUAUGCCCGACGAUAUGCCCUGAGCCGGGUUGACGAUUGUGCCCUCCUACGCUCCAACGGGCCCUAUGGAGAAAACCUCGCCGUAAGUAGCAAUCCGUUGUUCACUGGCACAGACGCCGUAGAACUAUGGUUGCAACAGAAAGUUGACUAUGAUUAUAGUUCGAAUACUUGUGCGAUUGGUGCAGAUUGUUUGACCUAUACUCAACUGGUUUGGCAUGAUUCGGUUAAUGUUGGGUGUGCUAGGGUUCAAUGCGUUAAUGGAUGGAUUUUUGUUAUGUGCAGCUAUAAUCCACCAGGCAACAUAAUUGGCCAAAGGCCUUUCUAAGCCUUAUUAAUUAUAAUUCUAUCAAAUAUAAAUAAAUAAAGCCACGGCAGUGGUGGUGGUGAUGGUGUACUGGUGUGGUUGAUUGGGAUUAUUGUAAAAAUCCUUUAACAGUUUGCAAAAAAAUGUAUCAUGUAUCAUAUAAUUUCCUCUUUUCUUAUAUCAAAUGACUCAAAUCUAACCAUUAUGAUUAGAAUGGCAA